AUGGCCCCCUCGAGCUCAUCGUCGUCAGCAGCGGCGACGUCGGUACAAGUUGCUCUUCGUAUCCGCCCCCCUACCACCCAGGACUCAACAUCCAUCCCCGCCCGUUUCCAACGCUCAGUCAUACAGGCUACCACCUCCACCUCCAUCUCCAUAGAGUCGCCCUCCAGCGCCCUGGCAGGUGCAGGAGCUCCCGCAGCAGCAGCCUCAGCAGCCUCAGGACCUAAAAAGCAGUCCUUUACAUUCGACCAGGUGCACCCCCCUCCCACAACCCAGUAUGAGCUCUUCGAAUCGACCGCGCGUCCCCUCGUAUCCCGCUUUCUGGAGGGAUUCAACUGCACCGUUCUCGCGUAUGGCCAGACGAGUAGCGGGAAGACGUUCACCAUGACCGGUAUCGACCUAGACUCCGACCCGUCCGAUCCUAACAACGGCAUGGGUAUUAUCCCCAGAGCCGUCUCCUCUAUCUUCUCGGGCGCCAGGCAGCUCAAGGAAGAGCGCGGCGGCGCUUGGAGCUAUAGCGUGAAGGGCUCAUUCAUCGAAAUCUACAACGAGGACUUGAUUGACCUCUUGAGUACCGACGACGCAACAGGUGCGAGACGCGAGGUACAGAUUAGAGAGGACAAGGAAGGUAACAUCAUCUGGGGCGGGCUGCGGGAGGUCAAUGUUAGAAACGCGAACGAAGUUAUGAGUCUCCUCAAAAAAGGAUCCUCCAUCCGACGUACGAAUGAGACGGACAUGAACGCCCAAUCUUCACGGUCUCAUGCUAUUUUCUCUUUGACUCUCACCCAGAAGAAGUUGACGGGGUCCAGCCACCCACCCCGUUCCUCUUCUCCACUUCCCCCUGGUGGGCGGUCGCCUUCAAGGUUAGCUCGACCUGGCUCCAUGUACGCUGGCGGCACAUCUCCAGCUAGCAAUCGAGUAGCUUCUCCAACGUUCGGACGCCCCUCGACGCCGAGUUUUGCCGCAGCCAUGGGUCGUGGUGGCCUGCGACCAGCUAGCGCGCUUGGCCACAUGGGCGAUCGAUCGAGUGUUGCCGCUGUCGAAGACGCUGGUGAAUGGGUCACGAUAGUUUCCAAGUUUCACUUCGUUGAUCUUGCAGGCUCCGAACGGCUCAAGCGUACCGCCGCCGCGGGAGAACGUAUCAAAGAGGGUAUUUCCAUUAACAGUGGACUUCUGGCCCUAGGCAAUGUCAUAUCAGCCCUUGGAGAUCCUUCGCGCGCCAAAUCCCACACGGCAACCCACGUACCCUAUCGCGAUUCCAAGUUAACUCGCCUUCUCCAGGACUCGUUGGGCGGAAAUGCACAUACUCUUAUGAUAGCUUGCGUCAGCCCGGCCGAAUGGAACGCAAACGAAACCAUCAACACCCUCAAGUACGCCAACCGCGCUCGGAACAUCAAGAAUCGCGCCGUGCUUAACGAGAAGGAGGAUGGGUGGGACGAUAUCGAAUGGCUACAAGGCACUGUCGCUCGACUCCGAAAGGAAUUGAAAGGCAUUAAGGAUGGAAACAUCAUCGUCUCCACUGCCGACAAGGAGCCCGAGGUUCUUGAAGGCGCUGGCAAGAAGGUCCUGGCCCAGAUGAUGGAACUCCAGAACAACUACGAGGAUCUGCGGGAGAAAUUCGUAGAGCGUACUGAAGAACUCACUCGACUGCGUCGCGAGCUUGGCGAAAGGCACAGAGACAGUUCUGCCGGUGCCGUUGGUGGAACUGCCAAGUACGAAGAGAUCGUCGGUCCGGUCAUUGAGGAAUACGAGAAGACAAUUAGCGCCAUGGAAGCCGAACUCAGUUUGAACAGGGCCGCUUUGCGGCAUACCAAUGAGAUGGUCGAGGAGAAGGAAGAGGAGUUGGCAGCUAUCACCGAACGACAUUCCGCCACCGAGCUAUACGUUGAGGAGUUGAGGACCCGUGUUGUCAAGCUGACAGAGCGAGAGGCUUCAACAGAGGCUUAUGUCCGCGACCUUGAGGAGAAGAUGAAGGCAUACGAUGAAACUUCUGUAACAUCCAGCGAAUCAAUGACCGACCUCAAACGCGAAAUUGCGAGGUUCAGAGACGCAGAGGCCCACUCCAGCAAAUAUAUCGCCGACCUCGAGGCUCGCCUUUCCCGCUCCGACGAAUCAGUUCUUUCUCUUCAGCAAACUGUUGAAUGUCUGGAGAAGGAGUGCGAGCGUCGUCGUGAUGAAAUCGAAUCUCUGCAAGGUCGUUUAGAGAGCCUCCGGCAGGAUGGGGAAAACUGGCGAUCCGACCUCGAGGCUCGUGAGCUGAAGGUCAAGCAACUUGAGGAGAGGAUGGCCGAAUGGGAACUAAGGAGGAAGGAUGCGGGAGAAGCAAGGGCUCGACUCGGAGAGGUCGUUGAAGAAGUGGUAUCUGCGCGAAGGAGUCUCGAAGUCAAGGUCAACUCGAUAUCGCUUUCUCCUGCAUCUUCAGCACCGUCCACGGAUGCCCACCCAUCCCCAAUCAAGGAAGCUGCGGACGAACCUGUUGCUCCGGCUCCAAAGUCGGAUAUCGAGUCCCAGUUGCUUGCGCUACAGCAAACCCACACAGCGACACUAGCCGACCUUUCCUCCGUUUCGGACAAGUACCGCGAUGCUCUUCGCGAGAUUUCUGACCUUGCAUCCCAGAUACAAGAGGCUAAGCUGAGCAAUCCUAGCAUCACAGAGUCCGUGACGGAGUCGCCCUCGAUAGACAAACACCAAGAACUGCCGGAACUUCCUGACCUUCCGCCUGUCAGACGAAGACUCGGCGGAAGUCCUCGCAUUCGGGACGCAGCUGAAGUCCAAUACAAUUCUUCUGGACGUCGGCUUUUUUUCCGACAGGCGGCCUCGGCGGAGUCGCUCCACGCGAGGUCGCUUUCGCAGUCACAAUCGCUAUCGCAGGAGCUAUCCUCGGUGCACUCGCGCAAAGCUUCCUUUUCUAGCGCGACGGGCAGUUCCCACUCUCCCUCUAGCUCCCACUCGUUUUCACAUUCGCACUCUCACUCGUAUUCCAAUUCGACUACCCAAAGUAUGGGCUUACGUCCCAACCUUUCUAUCUCUAUGCCAAGCCUAUCACCUUCCAGCGAGCGCUCGGUUUCAUCUUUGGAGAAAGAGAUCAUGCGUUUACAAGAAGUUCUCAAAGAACGCGAAUCGGAAAUUUCUCUCCUUGAAGAGUCACUGAAGGAGAGCCAGCAGCAGCAGCAACGGUUGCAAGAAGAACAGCAAGACGAGUUAGUGAAUGGAGAUACCCUUCAAACUAACGGUAACGCAGUUCCAACGAGCCCUGACAACACCCUCUCGCCGAAGACUCUCAAUCAAUUCGACCAUAUUCGCAAGUCGAUUGAACAAGUCAAUGGACACACCGAAUCUGGCUCCUCGUCUUCUGAAGACGAAUCAUUGGAGAGGCUCAAUGAGCUCAUGCUUUCUAUGGCUCAGAAGGAGUCGCAUCAUCGUGAGGUGGUCGAUGACUUGAAUGCUCAACUCAGCCAAACUCGAAGACAGCUCGACGAUCUUACUGCCCUUUCGCGAGAUCAGGCCCACAACAUGUCAAUGGAGAUUGAAGAAGUCAGUAAACGCGAAGCGCAGCUGCUAGAAACCUUGGCCAAAGCUGAAGAAAUUCACCAGGCCCAAGUCGAGCAAUUGCGUGUCAGCCAUGAACAGGUCAUUGUUUUGAAGUCACGGGAAGUAGAAGAACUGUUCAGUUCUGCGAAGGCGGAGCAUGAAGCGUCUAUCUCGUCCAUUCGCCGCGAAGUUGAAGCGGCGACCGACGCCCUUGCGAAGGCACAACAGGAGCAUGAGGCCACUCUAGGCAAACUCGAGAUAGAGCACGACAAAGCUCUCAAAUCACAACUGGCAGACGCCGACGCCCUUCUCGAAGAAGCACGUGCCGCUCGCGAAAAGGCCCUGGCGAAGGCUCAAUCCGAGCAUGCUACUCUGUUGCGCCAGAAGGAAGACGAACAUGCCGCCGCCCUACAGGCCACUGAGGAAGAGUACUAUAAUGCUCUCACCAAACUUCGCAAUGAUCACGCCGAUGCUAUCAAGACGGUGGCUGCCGAAACAAACGCAACGAUCGAACGUCUCCGCGAGGAGCAUGCUGGAGAACUUCGCAUGGCGGAAAUCGCGAAGGAAGGCUCUCUUUCCGAGAGUGAAUCUUCACGGGCUUUGGCCUUGAAGAACUUGCAGGAUGAACACGCCGCCGCCAUAGCGAGGAAGGAGGCCGCGUUCGCUGAGGAAGUCGAGAGCCUUAAUGCAGGAUUCAUACGAACUUCCAAAGCCAAGGAUGACGAUCAUGCUCUCCAUAUCGAUAGGCUCAAGCUUGAACACGAAACGGCAAUCUCCAAGCUCAAGACGGAUUGGCGCACAGAGAUCGAAAGCCUGACGGGGUUGCUGGCGGCCGCCAAAGACGAUCAUGCAGCUGCUAUCCUGAAGAUUCAACAAGACAACGACGCUGCGGUGCGCACCAUGCAAGAACAACAGGCGGAAAUACUUUCAGAAAUCGAGCGCGGUCAUCAAGAGGACAUCGCCACCUUGAAAGCGAAACACGAUGCUGUAACCCAUGAACUAAAGGCCAAGGAAGAGCAAGAUCGCUCGACAGUUCAGGAAUCACACUCGAAACAAAUCCUUGAUCUCCGCAAGGGGUACGAGAAAAUUGUUGCACAGAUUGAUGCAAAGCUCCAUGCGGCUCAGGAGGAGCACCAACAGUCUAUUGAAGCCGUUCGAGUUCAAAGCAAGCAAUCACUCCUCGAUGAACAAUCGCGUCUUUUAGCCGCUUUGGACGAUCUGAAGUCGCAGUUCGCUGAAGAACGAGCUGUCUUCCGCCAGGAACGGGAUCUACUGGUCCAGGAAAUCGAAGCUUACAAGGUUGCCGCGGACGAGUUUGCCCUGUUGCGCGAACAGGCGCGUGAGACUCAUGAGCUGGAGCAAGGGGAAAGGGCCAUGACUAUUACGUCCUUGGAGAAUAAUCUAACCGAAGUUGAGGGCGAGCGAAAUAACUUGGCUACAGAGGUCGCCCGAUUGAGAGCAGAGCUCGAUAAGACACGCAACGAGCAGUCGAAACUCAUUCAAGAGGCAUCGAAGCGAGAAUCCCUUGUUAUCGAACUCGAACGUCAUCGCUCAGUUCUGGCAGACCUACAAGAGAACCUGCAAAGAGUCAAGGAUGAAAAGGACACCCUUCAAACUGAGAAGAACCGAUCUGAUUCUCUUGUACGUGAUCUACAAGCUCAACUUGCGCGAAGUGCAUCCCCACCGAACGUCCGCUCUCCUGACCGGAACAUUGGGUUCCAACGCAACGGAGCUGCAGGACUUCCUGCCAUUAAACUCCCUCCUCCUACACCACCUCCAUCAGUUCCGCCGCCCCCUGCACCUCGAUCUGCUGUUGCCCAUCAUAUGAAUGGAGACUCUAAUAUCAGCACUUCGUCUCAAGGCUCAUCUGCUUUUAACUCCUCGGGUUCUUCAAGGGAGUCGCAGCCUGAAUCGCCGUCAACAUCAGUCGGACAUAUGACACCGCUCAACGGUGCCAUCGACUCGAAGCUUGCGGCAAAGUUGGAGCAGCAGACGAAGCUCAUCGAUGAGCAAGAGGCGAUGAUCAAGACGCUGAACAAGCAGCUCACACAUUGCGAAGGCGAUCUUCAGACUCACAUGGACCUCGUCAGCACUCUAGAGACGUCUCUCGGCGAUUCCGAAAAGAACUUGCGGAAAGCCCGCAUGCAAGCAACCGAAUUGGCGCGGGAGAGAGAUACCCUCAACAACAAGAUCGAGGCCCUGCGGAACGAAUUGUCCGAGGCGAAACGUGAGGUUGUAUCCGUUCGUCGGUCAAUAGUCGAGGAGAAACAGUCUCUAGAACAACGACUUGACGAAGAACGCAAAGCAAAGGAACGCGUUCGACAACAACUCGAUUCACGGAUGGAGGAACUCCAAAAACGGAAGUCUAAAUUCGCAUGUCUAUAA